AUGAAGCCUCAAGACAUCAUCGCCGCAAAGAGCAGCAGCCUGUGGAUCUUCGGCUACGGCUCGCUUGUGUGGAAGCCCGAUUUCAAGUACAAGCGGAGCAAAGUGGGCUUCAUUCGAGGCUACAAGAGACGUUUCUGGCACGGGGACAACUUCCACCGCGGCAGCGAUGAGCUGCCCGCAAGAGUGGUGACGUUGAUUCCAGAUGAUGACGCAAGCACGUGGGGUGUAGCUUUUGAGGUGAGCGGCGCCCAGGUGGAGGCGGCCCUGGAGUAUCUGAACGUGCGCGAGGCUGUGCGCGGGGGGUACAACAGCGAGAUGGUUAUGUUCCACCCGGAAGACAACAGUCCAUCCGUGCCGGCGCUGCUGUACAUCGCCACCACCGACAACCCAUUGUACAUGGGGCCCGCCACGCCAGCGGAGAUCGGUGCCCGCAUUGCUGUGUGCGAGGGUCGCACAGGCCACAACCUGGAGUACCUGCUACGGCUGGCCGCCUUCAUGCGCACCAGCUGCCCGCAUGUGGAGGACCACCACCUUUACGCCGUCGAGUCAGCGGCGCUGGCUGUGGUCACCUACUUGUUGGAGGCCCAGUAG